AUGGAAACAUAUGCCAUUUUUAAGGGCCUUCUGUUUUUCUUGAUAGCUAUUUUUGGAAUUCCUGCAAACGUGGCCAUCGUUGGAUCACUUUCUUGGAUCGCUUGUUCUGACUUUAAGCUGUUGUCAGUUGAACUAAUCAUAUGGAAUUUAUCACUAGCAAAUGCAAUAUUGGUUAUUACUAGGGGGCUCCCAGCAGCAUUGUUUAUGUUGUUUGGAACAAAAGUAAAUAGUGAUGCUGGCUGCAAAAUGGUAAUUUAUCUCUCCAGGAUAUCAAGAGGCAUGGCAUUCAGUUUAACUUGUCUUCUCAGUUGUGUUCAGUGUGUAACUCUGAUUCCACCAUCAUCAAAAUGGGCUCAUAUAAAACAAAGUGUGCCAAAGUAUACCUUUCUUGUCAUCUUUUGUCUGUGGUUGCUGUAUAUGAUGAUGGAAAUAGCAGGAUUUUUCUCUUUAGAUCCUCACACAAAUUCAUCCAAUCCAGAACUGACAUUUAAUUAUGGGUAUUGUGUUUCCAUUGUUCCAAGCCUUACUACAUUUUAUAUUUAUGGUUUCCUCCUUUUUGGCCGUGAUCUCGUGGUCGUAGGUCUUAUGACUCUAGCUAGUACCUACAUUUUACUAGUUUUAUUUCGACACAGGAAACAUGUGAAUAACCUGAGGAACCCUAAACAGAACAGUGAUGUGGAGAUCAGAGCAGCUAAAACCGUAUUGUCCUUAGUGAUAAUGUACAUCUUGUUCUUUGGGGUUGAAAACACUAUAUGGCUUUAUCAAGUAGCAGUUUCAAAAAUUAUCCAUCCCAUGAUUUCUGAUGUUCGGCAUUUCUUUUCAAUUUGCUACACCAUUUUCUUUCCCAUCUUUAUCCUUGUAUCAAAUAAAAAAAUUCAGCAUGUUUUCAAAUGUUUGUGGAAACAGUCUACUUAUAAUGACGCUGUUUCCUCUCCUACCUGA